AUGUACCAGAUUAUCGCUCAUUUGCAGGUUUUUGCUCCAGCGGACAAAAAAGCUGAAGAUGCAAAAGACAAGGACAAAGAGUCAAAGCGCAAGGCUGCUGCCGCUAAGUCUAAGAGGGACCAUGAGGACUUGGUGCAAGGCUCAGGACUGGGGGACAUCCUUGAGAAGGAGGAGGGCAAGGGCAGCGCAUCAGACUGGAUUGCGAGGACCAGAGCUGCAGAUGGCACCAUGAAAGGUGCGACAGCAAAAUCAGACGAUGGAAAAAAGAGGAAGGAGGCUCCUGGUGGAGAUGCUUCCGUUCCAAAGAUGAAAGUGCGACACGACUCUGAAGCCUUCAAAGAGGGCGAGACCGUCGUGAUGACUCUCAGCGACCAGCGACUUAUCGACAAGGAUGGCAACCUCGUUGAGACGCAAGAUGAGCUGUCCAACGUCAACCUGCUCGAUUCUGACAAGGCCAAGAAGCAUGAAGCUAUAAGGUCGCAGGUAGAGUAUGACCCCACCAAGCAAGGAGCAGAUAUUCUGGACAAGUACGAUGACCCUUCUGUUGCACCUAGCGGUUUCAUGAUCGGGGGCGUGCCCACCGGAGUCAUUGAAGAAAGGGAUCCCGAGAAGAGGCUGCAGAUUCUGACGGCGAUGAGCGAGAAUCAGACACUGGACUUUGGGAACAAGUUCCAGUCGGACUUCUACACUUCAGAUGAGAUGGCAAAGUUCAAGAAGCCUACGAAAAAGCCCGCCAAGAAGAAGAGCCGGGCGAAGGUGAUCUCUGGCUUGGACCACACUGAGCUCUGCCUGGUCAUGCCCAAGGCAGGCUGGACAACUCAGGAUUUGAUGGAUGCGGUCAGCCUCGAGACCUUGGUUCCAGGUGAUCAUUUCCGCCUUGUGUGGGCUGGAGCUGCGCUAGGCUCCGGGCGGUUGCCAGCAGCCUUCCAAAAGAAGAGUGACGUACCGCUCAAGCUGACCAUGGUCAGGAUUCAGCCGGCCUGGGCGAUGGCUUUGGACCGGGUGUUGGCAGGCCUCAUUCCCAGUGCCGACUUUGACUCGAUAUGUGACGGUCGCGUGCUGCAUGAACUAGGAGAAGUCCGAGAAUGCCUGCGGCAAAACCGUGAAUUGGCGCUUGCCGCAGUGCAACACUCCGGGAGCAUGCUAAUGCACUGCAGCGAGGAGUUGCUGCUUGAUAAGGAGUUGGUGUUGGCGGCGCUCCGCGAAUGCGGAACCGCGCUGCGAUUUGUUCCACUCCCAUUACGCGGCGACCACGAGGUUGUUUUGAUUGCCGUGCGCAGUGAUGGCGAAGCAUUGGUCCAUGCGCCUCCCGAACUCCAGGCGAACAGGGAGCUUGUGGCAGAAGCAGUGGCCCAAGCCGGAGAGGCUCUGCGGCAUGCUUCGCCGCUUCUAAAGCAGGACAGAUCAUUCGUCCUCGAGGCGGUCCGAAGGCGUGCCAAGGCGUUCCUCUAUGUGGCGGCCACUUUGAGAGAUGACAAGGCUUUCGUUCUCUCAGCAGUGCGGGUGAAUGGCGACGUAUUGACUUAUGUUCCGCAGGUGCUGCGCACGGACAAAGACGUGUGCAUGGCGGCCAGAGCAUUUUGGGCCGGUGACGGAGAUGCACCAGCACACCACGAUGGUUUGCUGCGGAAGGGCCUGCUGUGGGAGUCCAGUGAGCACGCCAAGAAAGCCGCGCAGAUCCUUGAAGGCGCCGGGUUUGCUGACGGAUUUGCUGCUUGUCUGGAGGAAGGAUGUUGGACCGUCUUGGCAGGCAGACCAACGUGA